AUGGCAACCACCAGUAAAUGUCCGGAGAUCGGGGUCAAGAAAAGCCGCCAGUCACAUAACAACAAAGUUCCGCCAGAUGCACCUAGGAGAAACUUGAGUUCUUUCGUUAUAUUCGCCAAUACCCGACGGAAAGAACUGAAGGCCCUCUACCCAGACCGGCCCUACCCUGCAAUUCAGUCAGAUAUAUCUGUAGAGUGGGAGAAAAUGAACGACGAAGGCAAAGAGCAUUGGAAGAAACUCAUGGCACUUGAUAAAGAGAGAUAUAAGAGAGAAAUGGAGCUGUAUCGCAAAUAUGGUUCGAACUGGGUUUGGGUUGUUGGACACCAGAAAAGGAAAGAGUUAGGGCUUACUGUCGAAGAUUGUACGAAAUUUGAAUUCCUACCUUCAACCAAGGAACAAGGUAGAAAUUCAAGGUUGCCGCAAAGUCGAACCGAUCCCGAAGAUGGGCGCUUCACAGAAAAGAAACGACAUCACAACGAUCAGGUUCAGGAUGUUCGACAAAAUGACAAUCAUGCGAACAUAGUCGGAAUUGCCAGUUCGCUCUCGAUGUCAGCGCAGCCUAUCAUUUCUUCAAGCCAGAAUGCAGGAGACUACAAUCUGAAUACGGAGUUUUAUGGAAUUUCUGCUUCAAGUCCGCCUGGAGGUCGGGAUAUCUCGGAUAAUGGCUCUCAAAGCAUGGGUGACUUGGCCAUUUUGGGACUCGUAGACGUUUUCUCGCCGACAGUAUUCGACGGAUUUGGUUUGGACAUGCCAUGGAGCGAAACAUGCGAGUGGUACGACCAGUAG